GCUCUGGACACCCGUCCCGCAGCCGACGGCAACUACUGCCUGACGUGCGGCGCGGACAAGACGCUGAAGCUCUGGAACCCGCGCACGGGCGUCGCGCUCAAGAGCUACCAGGGGCACGGCUACGAGGUGCUGGACGCCGCGGGGUCCCCGGACAACAGCGCGCUGUGCUCGGGCAGCGCGGACCGCACGGUGGCGCUUUGGGACGUGGCGACGGGCCGCGUGCUGCGCAAGUUCCGCGGCCACGCGGGGAAGGUGAACUGUGUGCGGUUCAAUGAAGAGGCCACGGUCAUCGUGUCGGGCUCCGACGACGGGUCGGUGCGCUGCUGGGACGGGCGCUCGCGCCGCGCGGCCGCGCUGCAGGUGCUGCCCGAGGCCCGGGACGGCGUCACCAGCGUCGCCGUGGCCCCCGGAGACAUCCUGGCGGGGGUGAGCGCCCGCGCUGGACCCCCCUCGGUGGACGGGCGCGUGCGCAGGUACGACCUGCGGGCCGGGCAGCUGCUCUGCGACUACAUCGGCAGCCCCGUGAGCAGCGUUUGCCGCAGCCGGGACGGUCAGAGCGUGUUGGCCGCCAGUCUGGACUCGGUGCUGCGGCUGCUGGACACGCAGAGCGGGGAGCUGCUGGGGGGAGUACCGCGGCACCGCAGCGGCUCGUACCGCCUGGACUGCGCCCUGAGCGCCAGGGACGCGCACGUGGUGGCGGCGUCGGAGGACGGACACGUCUACCUGUGGGACCUGCUGGAGGGGUCGCUGUCGCUGCGUCUCCCCGUGGGUCCCGGAGUCGUCGCCUCCGUGUCGCUGCACCCGGAGCAGCCGCUGCUGCUGGCGGCCACCAGGGGGCAGGUGCAGCUGUGGGGACCCGAGGGGGACAGCGGGGACAGUGACCCCCCCGGCGACUGACAAACGACCCCCCGAUGACAAAUGACCCCCCGGGGGCAGAAGCUGCAGCGGCUCAUCGGACGUGCCGGCAGCUCGAACGCAGACGGACGGACGGUGGAGCGAGAGACACACGGACAAGUGGAGGGAGGGUGUGGGGCUGGGGGGGCGCUGGGGCCCCCCCAAAGAGGAAUAAACCUCC